CUGCGACUCAAACCUCGGAAGGGAGACACAAACACAAUUGAGGCUCGGAGGCGGAAGGCUGCGAGCUCUCGUGGCUCCUCGUUAGGUUUGCGAAGAGGGAAGGCGAAGGAUUGGACGAUGCGACCUCCCUCGUUGCUUUCUCUUACCAUCGAUUCCGCGCUCCGCCACAUCGCUCACAUCACUGAUCUCUCUUCCAUCCCCGACCAAAUCCUCCUCGAGCUCUUCAGGAAGACCCUGCAGGCAGGCAAACUGACAGAGAAGGUACUGAAGUUAUUCAUGGCAACUGGCAAUGAGCAAAUUUUAUCUUUUAUUCAGAGCCUUAAUAUCAGACCAAUUCUUGCCCCUGUCCUCCCUACAAGAUGCUCUGAAAAUUCUAGAAUCAUGUGAUGCUUUCCCUUUGCAUCAACAAUUUCUCCUUGUGUGACUUGUACAUAUAAAAUUGAUGUGUUCAUAGUGACUUAUGAGACAGCCUAACCUCACAACUUUUCCAGAGGAAAUAAUGGACAAUCUUUCCCUCAUUUUCAAUUGAUUGUUAGAGAAGAUGGAUAAUAGCAUGUUCUGCAAGUUCUCUCAGGUGUAUAUGAGACAAUAUCUAGAAUUUGAUCAAAAAUUGUCUUCCAACAAGGAACAUCAUCAUUGACACAUUUGUCAAAGCUGCUGCAACUCACUUUCCAAUCAAAGAAUUGCAUCCAUAUUAUUAUUAUUAUUAUUAUUAUUAUUAUUUGCAUUUCUUGUUCGAAUUGUCUUUCACUAGUAUUUCAAAGGUACAGUUGGCUGUGAAUAUUGUUCAGUGUGGUUCUGCCGGCUCGCUAUUAUGUCACUUAGGAUUGAGCAGGCUUAUACAUGAUGCCCAAACUAAGCAUGUCAAGAUUGACUAUUCCACAUAGGCGAAUGGUGCAAAGCUUCCGGUGCUACAAUGAUUAUGAAAGGUUAUACUGCCUGCAAUAUUUCCUCGACUCUUUGACAGUCAAGCAAAGUUGCAAGGGCGGAGGAUACUUGGUGUGAUGAACUAAAUUGGCAAAUGCAUUCGGGAUUUGAGACAAUAAGUGGGAGCUCAUAGAUGUAAGAGGCAAGAAGGUAGACACCAGGUGUGAUAUCUAUCUUGAGGGAAUGAACAGAUGAAGCUGCAGAUGCAGUGUUUUACUGAUGCUUGAUUAUGAUUAAUAUAGAGAUGUAUAGCAACAAGAAAAUAAAAGUGUGUUUAUAGUAUGAAGGCUUAUGGAAAAGAUACCUCUCACAGACACAGACUGGUGUACCUGCAAGCCGUCUUCCAACGGAUGAAAUCAUCAUGAUUUAAUGACAAUGCCGAUGAUUGAUGUAGGGGAGGGCAAAAAGGGCAUCAUCACCACAUUCUGCAUCUCUGCUCAACUAUAUCAGAAGUCCUCCAAUGGUUACUGUUACACCAGUGGCUAGUGCAUAAGCGCCAUUGUCUCUUUUAUCUUAGUUUUGGAUUGUUUACUAGGCUAUAUCUAUUAUUUUCUCUUUGGUGGGAACUAGGCCAUGUCUAUGCUCUAAUGACCAAUAUCUAUUGAUCAUGUACUGUGUAAACUGAAAUUAGGAUUUUGGUUA